UCCCCCUUUCUUCAAAUCGCUACCUCAGUGGUCGAGACAGGUAGGCUAGGCUACGGCUAUUAUUGCACAGGAGACCUCACGUGAACUUCCAGGUUAUUGCUAUUGUCUGUAUUCGCACCUUUCCUGUCGGCAAGCAUAUAAAAAGCUUAGUGUGUAAGUUCCUUUGUGGGAUACCUGAACAGUUGCUCUUGUCGGUGAAUGAUCGACCGUUAUUGGUUUUAGGCAACAUAGCCUAAUUUCCCAUACAUGCCAGGUGAAGUCUUGAAGCUCCCUCGUCCGUUCCUUACCAUGGGGUUCGGCAGCGCUGGCGAGCCUCAACCUCAGCCUCAGAGCGACCACCAGCCCCAGCGGAAAGAGAUGAGCUUCUGCGAGGGGCCGUGCCAUGCAGAACAGAUCCUCCAGGUGCUCAACGCCUACCGCCGCAGCGGCACCUUCACCGACGUGGUCCUGCAGGUGGACAGCAGUGAGUUCCCAUGCCACCGCGCCAUCCUCAGCGCCGGCAGCAUCUACUUCCGCACAAUGUUCAACGGGCAGCUCCUCGAGAGCCGCCAGCAGCUGGUGCGCAUCCAGGGCGUAGGUGCCUCCACCAUGGAGACGGUGCUCAACUUCGUGUACGAGGGCAAGGCAGCGCUGGAUGAGGGCAACGUGGGGAGCGUGUUCAGCGCCACCGACAUGCUGGGUGUCAGCGUGCUCAGCAAGGCAUGUGUGCGGUUCCUGGAGGAGCGUAUGGACCACUCCAACUGCCUAGGCAUCAUGGACUUCGCUAGCUCGUACUUCAUCACGCCUCUGGCAGACAAGUGCCAGACUAUGUUGUACAGGGACUUUGUGGAGGUCUACAAGCACAAAGAGUUCCUGAGCUUAGCCAAAGAGCGUGUGGUGGAGCUUCUGACCAGUGAGCAACUCCAGGUGGACAAGGAGGAGGUGUUGGUGGAGGCAGUGCUGAAGUGGGUGCACCACGUGCCCGCCGAGAGGAAAGGGGCCCUCCAGGAGCUGUUGGAGCUGGUGCGUCUGCCUCUGGUGGACCCUGUUUUCUUCGUCAACGUGAUAGAGUCGGACGACCUGGUCCAGGACUGCAGGGAGUGCCGGCCACUGCUGCAGGAGGCCAGGAUGUACCAUGUCCUGGGGAGGGAAGUGGACUCUGUGCGGACCAGACCGAGAAAGUGCAUGGGGAGAGCUGAGAUGAUCGUGGUGAUCGGAGGCUGUGACAGAAACGGCUUCUCCAGGCUGUCCUUCACUGAGAAACUCAACCCUUACACCAAAGAGUGGGUGCCCGGUGCCACCAUCCCAGGAUACUCCAAGUCCGAGUUUGCCAGCUGUGAGCUGCAGAAUGAAGUAUACGUGUCAGGAGGCCAGUUGAAUAGCUCGGACGUGUGGAAGUACAUGCCCCAGGUGGACCACUGGGUUCGUGUUGCCUCCUUGGCCAAGGCCAGGUGGAGGCACAAGAUGGUUGCUCUGCUUGGAAAGUUAUAUGCAGUGGGAGGCUUCAACGGGCUGGAGCGCUUGUCCAAUGUGGAGUGCUACAGCGUCUACGACAACCAGUGGCGGACUGUAGCCCCUCUACUGCUGGCCGUGAGCUCAGCGGCUCUGGUGGGCUGCUCUGGGAAGCUCUACGUCAUUGGUGGGGCUGUGAGCAACGACUGCAAUACCAACAAGGUUCAGUGCUAUAACAUAGAAGAGGACCAAUGGACGUAUGUGGCAUCCUGUCCAUUCUCUCAGAGAUGCAUCAAUGCCACCACACACAAUAACACCAUCUAUGUAGUGGGAGGCCUCCUGGACCAGAUUUACAGCUACACUCCUAAGACAGACACCUGGAGCAAAGUGGUGGACUUGCCAAUGAAACUGGAGAGCUGUGGCCUGACGGUGUGUGAGGGGAAGGUCUACAUCGUCGGGGGGAGAGAUAGUUGUGCCUCGGCCACCGACCAGGUGUGGGCCUACUGUCCCGAGAGCGGCAAGCUGACGGACGAGAAGCCCAUGUCACGCAGUGUCAGCUACCACGGUUGUGUCACUGUCACCCAGUGGCCACCACAGAAGACCCACUGAGGUGUAGGGUGGUUGACACUAGACGCUGAUCAUGGGUCAGUUAUGCAUUUUCCCCACUAAUGGUCAAAGUUAGUAUUGGUGGAGGAGAAGCUGAUCCUAGAUCUGUACCUAGGGGAAACAUCACCCCAUAACCUGGGCUGCUGCCUGAAGAUAGGCAGUUGACCGAAUCAUAUUCCCAUAGCCUGCUACUAUUGGGUGAAAGUACUUACAACUCCCUCCCCCAUCUAUAGACCACAAGAAUGAUGAGGCGACAAGAGACGCCUCAGACCUCACGUUUUGAGGUUGUUGCUUCAGCGCCUUGUCAGUUGUGUAUUUAUGUAAGCUGUUGUGAGAUGCCAUUUCAUUGAGGAAAACGCCUAGAAACUACACUCACACAUUUGCUCACUUUAGUGACUUUGCUUCAAAGGAACGUUUCCGUGAGUGCCUAUUGUUUAAAAAAAAAAAAAGGCACCUUUGGGAACCUGCCAGCCUGCAUUUAUUGCUUAUCUUCCAUUUGGCCUUGAUCCUGACAAUGACCUCAGUAAGACUGUCAGAUGAGGAACCUCACUGUCAACUCUGUGGCUGCGUCCCAAAUGGCACCGUAUUCCCUAUAGUGUACUUCUUUUGACCAAGGCUCUGGACAGAAGGAGUGUACUAUAUUGGGAAUAGGGUGCCAUUUGGGAAACACAGAAUUGCACACUGCUGUGUGCUCUGUGACAGGUAUACCACACAGAUACAAAGAGGAAGGAGAUGCCAUAUCAAGUACAGAUGAGAGACAUGAUAGAAUCACAUCAAGGCUUUCAUUCCACAGGCUUACAUUCCACAGUAGAUGAAACAAGACUUCUUAUGAACUAUAUAGAGACUUCUGUUGUUCUGAUGAAUUAUCACUAACCGUAGUCUCCUGUCAUUUGAAGCAUGAGAAAAGUAGGCUUCUGGCCACCCGUACUUACUCUUUGAUUUAGAUUCAGGUUCAGUUAAAUGAUCUGAGACAAAUGUUUGUGAUGGUUUAGUGGCCACGUCUAUUUGUAUGUAUUGGUGAUGUUAGCUCAUACACAGUCUAAGGGGCUAAUUUCCACUUAAAUACGAUUUUCACUUAGUUAUGCAUUGAUGUCAAUGGGAGAAAAUUUGAAGUCAGGAUUCACCCCUCAGCACUUAAUACAGCAGACAGGUCCUUCAGUUCCUGCAUUUUAAGUCCUUAUUGCCUCGUAACUGACAACACAUGAACUGACAUUGAUCAACAAGCACUUCAGACAUGAAUCCUAACUUGAGAUCCACAUGCAUAACUCGGAUUUAAUCGUUUAUUGAUGUAAAUGGGAGAUUUACAUACAUUCAGGGCUCUGUUCAAUCUGUAGCGAUGAUUGAGCUGGCAUUUGCAGAGUUUACCGCGUGAAUACAGUCUCCGCUAACGCAGGAACAUUGCCUAUAAAUUUAAAUCACGCUGUAACGCUGAACUUCCGCGAUACGGAUUGAAUAGAGCCCCUAAACCUUUAGUGACUAUGACCAAGUUAUCAAAAGAGAAAUCAGAACAGUACUUUUAAGAACACUAACCACAUAGCACAAGUUAAUUGUUUUUUACCAGUAACAAUACUUAUUUUGUAGAUAAGACUUAUUCUAAAGUUUAUCUUCACUCUAACCUGGUCAGUUUUAUGUAUUCAUAUAGUUUCCUUUUAGUAAAUGUUUUAGUGUAUGAAGAAACUAGGUCACAAGACUUCAAUUUGAAUUGAACGACACUUUCAGACAGGAAAUCCCAUACUUCAAUAUGAAACAUACUGUAUAAAUAUAUAUAUGAUGUACAUCAUAUAUUGUGAAUCUAUACCUGAACUCUCUAAUCACUUUUUUAUUUAUUGUAUUCUAAUGCUGAUUUAACUUUCCAUUUGAAUGAAGGAAUCACUGUGCAAACUUUCCAGCUCAUACCCAUACAAUGUGAUUGACAUGCCAAUAUUGUUUUCUACUUACAUUUUGGCUAACUAGUAUUUUUGAUUAUUACUAAUUUAAGUGUGAGAUUCCAAUAAAGCUGC